UAAUAAUCUUGUUAAUUAAUUUUCAUUAUACACAGUAUAUAAAAGGAUAGUCUAUGUCUAAAAGAUUGUUAUAUCUACGAUAGACAGUUACAAAAUUCUCUCUGUUUCACUUAUCAUCUUCUACAAGCAAGGAGUGCAGAAUGAAACAGAUUUACACUGAUAAUUCAAUACUUCCUCCUGACUACCCAAUGGUCGUCACAGAUCAACCAACGUCAAAAGUAACAUUCAGUGAUAUACCAGUAACUUUACGUUGUCCGUCAUGUGGACUAAAUACUUUAACUACUUUGGAGUACAAAAAUGGUUUAUUAACUUACUUAGCUUCUGGUGGUAUAUGCCUAAUUGGUGGAGUUUUAGGUUGUUGCCUUAUACCAUGUUGCAUGGACAGUUGUAAAGAUGUGAAUCAUAUAUGUCCACAUUGUCGACGUGCCGUGGGAACCUACCACAGAUUGGGAAACUGAACGUUCAAUACGAUAAGAGAAACAAAGUCAACCAAUGAUAAUGAAUUCCUAUUUGACAAAUAAACAUAAAGUUCUAAUAUACUUACAAUGUUAAAGUUAACUUUUCUUUUAAUCUUGGUUUAUGUUGUUAAUAAGUUAUUUUACGUGAUUAUUUAUUUCUCUUCAUUCCUCUGAAUUUCUGUUAAUUAAAUUGUAAGGG